CUGCCAACAGACAAACCGUUUAAAUGUGACCAGUGCGACUAUUCUACUGCACGGAAAUUCCAUUUAGUUGAACACAUGGCUAAACACACUGGAGACAAACCCUACAUGUGUGGGGAAUGCGGAUACAGGACGGCUUACAGGUCUGUUCUAACCCGACAUAUGAGGGCCCAUACUGGUGGAAAACCCUACAAAUGUGACCAGUGCGACUUUUCUGCUGCACAGAAAGGCAAUUUCGCUGAACACGUGGCUAAACACAAUGGAGACAAACCCUACAUGUGUGGGGAGUGUGGAUACAGGACAGUUUACAGGUCUGCUCUAACCGUACAUAUGAUGACCCACACAGGUGUGAAACCCUACAAAUGUGACCAGUGUGGCUAUUCUGCUGCACAGAAAGGCAAUUUCGCUGAACACAUGUCUAAACACACUGGAGACAAACCCUACAUAUGUGGGGAGUGUGGAUACAGGACGGCUUACAGGUCUGACCUAUCCAAGCACAAGGCUAGACACACUGGAGACAAACCCUACAUGUGUGACAAGUGCGGAUACAGGACGGCCUAUAGGGGUUCUCUUUACAAGCACAUGAGAACCCAUACUGGUGAGAAACCCUACAAAUGUGACCAGUGCGACUAUUCUGCUGCACAGAAAGGCCACUUAGAGCAACACAUAAUGGCUAAACACACGGGAGACAAACUCUACAUGUGUUGGGAGUGUGGAUUCAGGACAGCUCAAAGGACUACUCUUUCACUGCAUUUGAGGACCCACACAGGGGAAAAACCCUACAAGUGUGACCAGUGUGACUAUUCUGCUGUACAGAAAUGCAAUUUAGAUGAACACAUGGCUAAACACACAGGAGAAAAACCCUACAAGUGUGAACAGUGCGACUAUUCUGCUGUACAGAAAUGCCAUUUAGAUGAACACAUGGCUAAACACACUAGAGAAAAACGCUACGAAUGUGAUCAUUGUGACUUUUCUGCUAUAGAGAAAAAGGAUUUAGAUUCACACAUAGUUAAACACCAUAUAUACAAACCCUAUAUGUUGUAGUAAGUAGCAG